AUGGCCUGCGACUACCAAUACGUCAAGGAGCACACCCGGGAGGACUAUGUAUUUCCUUCGCACCGCUUCCAGCGGUCAUGCUCUCCCGAUAAAACUCCGCUAUGCCUCGUGGCCUGUGGCUCCUUUAGCCCUAUCACGUUUCUUCACCUUCGAAUGUUCCCAAUGGCCCGGGACCAUGCUCACAACGAGAAUUUCGAGGUUGUGGCCGGAGUUUUGAGUCCUGUCAGCGAUGCAUACAAAAAGAAGGGUCUUGCUCCUGCUCAUCACCGCAUUGAGAUGUGCAGGCUCGCGACUGAGAACUCAUCUAAGUGGCUCAUGGUAGACCCGUGGGAGGCUGAAAGCCCAUCAUACAUCCCAACGGCCAAAGUGCUCGAUCACUUUGACUACGAGAUCAACGAGGUUAUGGGUGGUGUCGAAUGUACUGACGGCACUCGAAAGCGUUGCCGCAUUGUACUUCUUGCUGGGCUUGACCUGAUUCAAACCAUGUCUACCCCAGGUGUUUGGGACGAGCGUGAUCUCGACCACAUUCUCGGCAACUACGGUGUCUUCGCUUUGGAGCGCACAGGAACCGAGAUUGAUUCAACUCUGGCAAACCUGAAGCAAUGGGAGAAGAACAUUCACAUUAUCCGUCAGGUCGUCACCAAUGACAUCAGCAGCACCAAGAUCCGACUGCUCCUUAAGCGCAACAUGUCAAUCGAUUAUUUGAUUCCCGAUGUUGUAAUUGAUUACGUGUACGAAAACAAUCUGUACCGCGAUCUCGAUAUGCCUGAUUCUAAGGGCAAGGGCAAAGUCAUCACGAAUGGCCCCGAUGUCGGCACCAGCACUGGUUGA